AUGGCCAACCUCCACCCAAGGGCACCUCCUAGCCCUUCUACCCCUGAUAAAAUUGCUAUCCCUGAGCCUUACAACCACAGCUCCCGGGUAGUCUGCAGACAACUGCGUCAGAUUCAUAAAGCAUGCGGUCAAUGGCCUUGGGAGUUACUCCCUGGCCGGAUUCCAGAGGUGCUGGAUAAAAGCAUAUUGGAGCCGCUUGUUACGGCUGUUCAAUUGACUUCUGAUGUUGAAUAUAGUGUCAGUCUGUCGGAACUGACCGAAUGGCUAAUGGGUCGGGAGACAGAGGGGAUCUUGACAUCAACGCAUGCCGCUGACGCCUUGAACUGGGUUAUAUAUACCCACGACAAAAGAGCGAGCAGGAGCAGAUCCUCUCAUCGUGGUAACAGUAAAACCGAUGAAGUUUCCCCUCGGAUUAGGAAGAGGCAGCACUCAAAUGAGGAGGGAACACUUCCACAACUCCCACAUCCAGACCCGCAAUCACAGCAGAAGAAGCGCGGAGCCAAGACCAGGUCAUCUACUACCCACAGUAUGACGAAGGCUGAUGCUGAAGCUCAAUCUGAGUCUCAAACUGAAGCUCCAUCUAAGCUUAAAUCCGAGCUUGAAUUCGAGCCUGAACCUGAGCCCGGGCCUGAGCUUGAGGCUGAGCUUGAUCAUGCCAUGGAGAUGGAGAUAGAUGCAGAUAAUAGCAAUCUCAGUGGCAAUGCUGUUGAGGAUACCAAUCUAAACAAGAAACUCGGCGGAAAUGAUAUCGAAAUGGUCAACGAAGAUAUUGCAGCCUCUUCUCAACGUCUACGAAUGGCUCGCGACAAGGUGAAAGAAUAUGAGGGCUAUUUAAAAACUGAAAAACAGGCCUUCGAGGUAAUAAAUGCCUCACUAUCAGAGGCGUCAGAGGCUCACGAAGCUGCAAUCCAGAGAUGGAGAGAUGCCGUUGUCAAAGCAGACAUAAAACAGUAUGAACUAAAACAGUUCCAAAAUCUCUCCAAGUCAUUCUCUCCCGAUACACAAGCUGCGUUGGAGCAGCACAGCCAAAGCCUACAACAUCUGCACGACCAUGCAAUUGGGGCAGAAAAAGACGCCGAAGAGAAGCUCCGAAUGCACCGUCGUGAAUUCUGCAUCCUUGAGGAGAAGAGAGAUUUAAAGGAGGGCACUAUGAAGAAAAUAUCAGCACGGAUUAGGCGAUAUCAAGACGAGGUUGAUGCAGAAGAACUGAGAUGUCAAAGGUUGUUGGCAGAGCAUUAUCUGGAGCUUUUAAGCAACGACAUCAUACAGGGUAUUUCCACUACCGAUUUAUCAUAUGCGAGGAUUCUUGAGAUUAAGUUAGAGCGUGAUCAGAGACUUUGGUAUAUGCAAAGAUAG